UAAAAUUUUAUUUACAAAGGUGAAUUCUGACAAUAAUCUUUUUUUGCAUCACUGAGUUCGGUGAAUUGGCGGUUUGGUCUUACAAAAUCAGUUUGGCGUUCCCACAACCCAUGAGACUCUGCUCCCCCAUUCCUGGCGUUUUGGUCCCAAUGUAAGCACAAUAAAUUCUUUCACUUUUUUUUUUCCCGUUAUCCCAAAAUAAUUUUACUAAAAACUGAUUAUAAUAUCCAAGUCUUUCAUCUAUAUAAAUCCCAAGUGGUUUGCCUCACCCAUUAAGCCUCUGCACUAUACUCUCCUUACAAAUGUUUUAGGUUUUCCUUUGCACUUUGUCAGCCAUGUCUAAAACCGUAAUAGUAACUCUUCUCUUCGCCCUCUUUUCGUCUUUAUCCUAUGCAAUUGACAUGUCCAUCAUAGAUUACAAAAAUAAGGAGGUGAUGAAGGGAAUUAUAUACGAAAAGUGGUUAACAGAGUAUGGGAAAGCGUAUAAUGCCUUGGGAGAGAAGGAGAAAAGAUUUGUGAUUUUUAAGGAUAAUUUGAGGUUCAUUGAGGAACAUAACAACUCCGAAAAUCGCACGUAUAAGGUUGGAUUGAACCAAUUUGCUGAUCUCACGAACGAGGAGUACCGGGCUAUGUAUUUGGGCACGAGAAGUGACGCUAGGCGGCGCCUUGUGAAAUCGAAAAAUCCAAGCCUGCGUUAUGCUUCGCGGCCUAAUGAGCUGCUGCCUCAUUCUGUCGAUUGGAGGAAGAGAGGCGCUGUUGCUCCUAUCAAGAAUCAAGGGAGUUGUGGAAGUUGCUGGGCCUUUUCAACCGUGGCAGCAGUGGAAGGCAUAAACCAAAUUGUAACAGGGGAAAUGAUCACACUAUCUGAGCAGGAACUUGUUGAUUGUGACAGAGCCCAGAACGUUGGUUGUAACGGUGGCCUAAUGGACUAUGCCUUCGAGUUCAUAAUCUCCAACGGUGGCAUGGACACUGAAAAUCACUAUCCUUAUCGCGGCGUUGAAGGCCGAUGCGAUCCUGUUCUGAAAAAUUCCAAGGCUGUUAGUAUUGAUGAUUACGAAGACGUGCCUAGAAAUGAAAGAGCACUUCAAAAAGCUGUCGCACAUCAACCUGUUAGCGUAGCCAUCGAAGCUUCUGGCAGAGCUUUCCAACUCUACUCCUCGGGAGUGUUUACGGGGAAAUGUGGAGAGCAAGUAGACCAUGGUGUUGUGGUGGUUGGCUACGGUAGUGAAAAUGGAAAGGAUUAUUGGUUAGUGAGGAACUCAUGGGGCAUAAAGUGGGGAGAAAGUGGUUAUGUCAAAAUUGAACGUAAUGUGAAGAAUGCUCACUUGGGCAAGUGUGGAAUUAUGACGGAGGCUUCAUAUCCCAUUAAGGAUGCCACAAAUAAACGUACUACUACUACUUCAAAAGAAGAAAAGAUUAGCAUUAUCUGAAGAAAAUUUGAUCUACUCAGUUGCCUUGCAUUUGAGGAAUUUCAUGGCUUUAUGUGUUAUUUUAGGAUGUUUGUUUUAGUUGAUCAUCAAAUUAAUAUUUUGUAAAUAGUUGGGUAUUUGUUGUUGCAAUGCAUUUCUCUGUUUGUGUUUUGUUUAAUGAAAAGUAUCUUUGAUUUUGUGGGUUGAUAAAAGAGAGAUUUGUCAAGUCAUUUUCUUGAUCUACCAUUUGAUCAAAUGAUGUUUUAUGCAUAAAAUAUUAUCCAUUU